AUGACUUUAAACUGGAAGAGGUGCUGGUGGAAACUCACCGAGUAUCUGCCGUACUGUUUGCGUUGUGACCGUGGUGGCUCAUUGCAGGUGCUGUGCUUGAAGAAGGGAACGUUGCUAAAACAGGUGUUUGCACUGAGCAGAGCAGCAACACCCAGAGAAAACUGUCUGUGUGCUGCAGGUGAUGUGCUCGUGAGUUGCCACAGACACUACAAAUCCCGUCCUACGCAUGGUAUUGGGAGGUUUAAAUAUCUGCUCCCAAAGGAGACUCCAAAGAAGAAAAAGGAUAAAGUACAGAUGAAAGAGAUAAAUGUUGGGACCGAAUAUGAGUAUGGAGAUGUCAACAUCCAGAUGACUUCCUAUGAUAUGUGUCUCGUGGAGCAUUUUGCUCAGUAUGUGCAUAAACUCUGCAACCGACUGUCUAUUAGAGUGAAUGAAAGCUACGCGAUGCCCACCAAAACCAAUGAAGUGCUGUUCUUGGAAGAGCAGGGUUCUAAAAUGCAGCUGGAUGCGGUCCUUACUACCCAUCAGAGGGUUGUCCAGAUCAGCGGUUUGAGUUCAACAUUUGCUCCGAUACUCCUGGAAAUUAUUCAGAGUAAUCAGCCCGAAGGGGUCCAUUUGUUAGUGAAAGAGCACUCAGAAGCUGACUUCAAGAGCCGAUUAAAGUCUCGACCAGAACUUGAAGAGCUGCUAGCGCAGUUGAACUGA